AUGCUGGCAGCUGCCUUUCCUGACUCCAACUCCAGCAUCAUGAACACCUCCUUUACCCAUCUCCACUUUGCCGGAGGGUACCUACCCUCUGACUCCAAGGACUGGAGGAACAUAAUCCCGGCUCUCUUAGUGUCUGUCUGCCUGGUGGGCUUUGUGGGGAACCUGUGUGUGAUUGGCAUCCUCCUUCACAGUGCUUGGAAAGGAAAGCCAUCCGUGAUCCACUCCCUGAUUUUGAAUCUCAGCCUGGCUGAUCUCUCUCUCCUGCUGUUUUCUGCACCUGUUCGAGCUACAGCAUACUCCAAGGGUGUGUGGGAGCUAGGCUGGUUUGUCUGCAAGUCGUCUGACUGGUUCAUCCACGUAUGCAUGGCAGCUAAGAGCCUGACAAUUGUUGCAGUGGCCAAAGUAUGCUUCAUGUAUGCAAGUGACCCAGCCAAGCAAGUAAAUAUCCAUAACUGCACCAUCUGGUCAGUGCUGCUGGCCAUCUGGGCUGUGGCUGGUCUGCUGCCCCUGCCAGAAUGGUUUUUUAGCACCACCAGGCAACAUGCUGGUGUGGAAAUGUGCCUCAUGGAUGUACCAGCUGUGGCCAAAGAGUUUAUGUCAAUGUUUGGUAAGCUCUAUCCUCUCCUGGUAUUUUGCCUUCCAUCACUUCUGGCCAGCUUUUAUUUCUGGAGAGCUUAUGACCAAUGUAGAAAACGGGGAACUAAGACUCAAAAUCUUCGAAACCAGAUGCGUUCAAAGCAACUCACAGUGAUGCUGCUGAGCGUGGCCAUCGCCUCCACUCUCCUCUGGCUCCCAGAAUGGAUAGGUUGGCUGUGGGUAUGGCAUCUGAAGGAUGAAGGCCCAAGACCACCACAAGGUUUCAUAGCCCUGUCUCAAGUCCUAAUGUUUUCCACCUCUUUAGUAAAUCCUCUCAUUUUUCUAGUGAUGUCAGAAGAGGUCAAGGAAGUCUUGAAAGGCUUAUGGAAAUGGAUGGUAACCAAAAAAACUGCAACUGCCUCAGAGUCUCAAGAACCACCAGCUGGUAACUUGGAAGCUCUUCCUGAUCAGGUUCCAUCUCCAGAGUCCCCAACAUCCAUUCCAGAGGAGAAACCCAGCUCUUCCAACUCGGGCAAAGAGAAAACUGAGAAGGCAGACAUCCCCAUCCUCCCUGAUGUAGAGCAGUUCUGGCACGAGAGGGACACUGUCCCUUCUGUACAAGACACUGACCCUAUCCCCUGGGAGCAUGAAGAUUAA